UUUUGGAAACUUGUGAAAAUUUAAUCUGUUGAUGGAACUGCACUUCCAGAAGAAAAGUCUAAUAAAGGACUGAUUAUGCUUUCUCCAAAUAUCUCAAAAGAUUUGACUGAUUGCUCUGAGUUUGGAAACAGAUCCUGUCCUGAGAACUUUAGGCCAGCAGGAAUAUGAGGGGUAAUGUAUUUAUUCAUAACAGCAGUCUUCAUUCUCACCAUCUUUGGGAACUUGGCCACAAUAAUAAUUUCCAUCUCGUAUUUCAAGCAGCUCCAUUCUCCAACCAAUUUCCUCAUCUUAUCCAUGGCUGUAACAGAUUUUCUGCUGGGUUUUGCCGUUAUGCCCUACAGCAUGGUGAGGUCUGUAGAGAACUGCUGGAUUUUUGGGAUUAUAUUCUGCAAGGUUCAUUACAGUUUUGACUUGAUGCUCAGUUUAGCCUCCAUUUUCCAUCUUUGUUCCAUUGCCAUGGAUCAGUUUUAUGUGAUCUGCCACCCUCUGCAUUACUCCAACACCAUGACAGCGGCUGUAAAACAAAUCGUGGCUGUGUGCUGGUCAGUGCUGCUUGCAGCAUUUGCUUUUGGUGUGGUUUUCUUUUUUUUUUUUUUUUUUUGUGGAAUUGAGGGCUAUGAAAUGCUGAUUAAAUGCUCAGACUUGUGCCUGAUUGUGUUCAACAAACUGUGGGGGAGCUUUUUAUUUUCACUCGGUUUAUUUGAUCCUGCUUGCAUUAUGAUAGGGAUUUAUGUUAAAAUUUUUACUGUCUCUCAAAGGCACACAUUGGAGUUGAGCCAGGCACACAGGCUCUCAAAAAUUAAGAAGGAGCAUGAGCUUUCUAAGAAUAAAGACAGGAAAGCUGCUAAGACUUUGAGUAUUGUUAUGCUGGGUUUCUUAUGUUGGUUUCCUUGUUUUUUUGCAAUCUUAAUUGAUCCAUUUUUAAAUUUUUCCACUCCUUUGCCUCUGUUUGAUUCUCUAAACUGGCUUGGAUAUCUAAAUUCUUUCUGCAAUCCAUUAAUAUAUGGAUUCUUCUACCCAUGGUUUCGGAAAACAUUUAAAUAUAUCUUAGAAGGCAAAAUAUUAAAUCCAUAUUUUCGUACAAUAAACAUUUUAUCUGAAGAUCAGUCACAGUAA